GAGGAGAGCCAGAGGAGGACCUGUAUCUCAGUCAGUCACCGCGCGCAGCCAGGGCCCUCUUUAUCUCUACCAGGCAGGGAGGCGUAUCCGUCCCCCCUCUCUCUCUCGCUCCCACUCCCCUUCACAUACCACUCUCUCUCUUACCCAAACUACACUACAACCUGCUUCAGACGACGCCCCAUCGCACAUGAGAGUCCCGCUGUCGCUCGUCGUUUGCGCUCGAGAGGAAGCCAUUUCUCUCCUUUUAUUGUCGAGCUGUGCGCUCGUGCUGCCCACGGCAUCACCUCGGCGGCAAUAACAGAAGAGGUGCCAGCCAAAAGACGAAGAAGAAGGAGGGAGGGAGGGAGAGGAGGAGGAGAGGAAGGGGUGUUCAGAGUAUUGCGAAUUGACGUGCAGAAAUAAACAAGGAGACACCCCUGUUUGGAAGACGUCCGUGGCGGGAAGCGACAGGGAUCUGCAAAAAGAAGGUCUCUGCAGGAAAUGGUUAUUAGAAUCAGCAUGCCGGGGCCAUUAGAGGCUGCUUGGAGGAGGAUGGCUGAGGUGUCACAAGAGGAGAGACUCCAGGCCAUCGCUGAGAAAAGGAAGAGGCAGACGGAGAUUGAAAACAAGAGGAGGCAACUGGAUGAUGACCGACGGCAACUCCAGCAUCUCAAGUCGAAGGCCCUGAGGGAGCGCUGGUUGUUAGAUGGAGCUCCAGCAGAGGAGGAGACUCAGAAGCGUCUGCAGGAGGACGAGGUGAAGACCAAACUUCUGGAGCAGGUCAUCCUCAGGCUGGAGCAGGAGAUUGAAGAACUGGAGACAGGCACACCAGCCAAGAAGGGUGUGGCCAAAGAAAAUGGGGGUGAGAACGGAGUAGUGCAGUCCUCUGGUCAGACCCCCAAGAGAGAGGUGACAGGGAUUGAGGCCAAACUGCUGGGUCCCAGUCCAGACCAAGCCAGCGCAGACAACCCUGUCACCCUGGUCUUCAUGGGCUACAAGACUGUGGAGGAGGAGCAGGAGUCCCGCGCUGCGCUGGGGAUGGAAGGCGUGGACGGCAACGUGAAGGCCGAGUUUGUCGUCAUUGAGGACGGGGAGGGGAAAGCAGGAGGGGAGGCGGCUACGGACGAGCAGGCCCCACCGAACGGGAGCAUGGCGGAGAAAGAAAAAGCCAACGGAGGCGGCGAUGAAGCAGAGGAGAAGGAGAAGAAACAGACCUGCAAGUGCUGCACGGUCAUGUGAGGGGUGUGUAUAUGUGUGUGUGUGUGUUUGCUAUGUGUGGGAGCAUGUGUGGAUGACUGCACACCUGCUUCUGUGCAGGCAUGUGCACCAUUGCAUGUGUGUGUGUUUGCAGAUGUGUGUAACUUUGUGUUUGUGUGGGAGUGUGUCAGGACUGGAAAAAACAAAACAAAGUACACAGCCAAUGUACCAACAAUGAGAGCCAGAACAAGCUCCAGCUCCAACAACAAGAACCACAGAGACUCAUAAGUACUCGGUAUACUUUCUCUGAUAUGUAUUUGACUUUUGAUUUCUAUUGAUAUUUUUCUAUUUUUCUGUCUUGACAUUUAUAUUGUAUUCAGUAUGUAUAUCUUUAUUAUGGGACUGUGUUCUGUAAGUUCAUUGUUAUUAUUGUUGGAAAAAAGAAAAUGUAUUAGCUCUCUGGAUUGUACUGCUACCCUCUGGGGCAAAUCUGGAAAUCAUUUAAGUCAAAACAGCAAACUAUGAAGGACACAGAUACUUAAAUAUAUAUAUUUCUCUGUGUAGGCCAACUAUUUAUCAGUCAAUUUCAUAUUGCAAUAUUGUCUAAGAUAUUAUUUUAAAUAGUAUUUUAAUAUAUUGAUAUGAAAUUAUGUUUUAUACAAUGUAUUUAUUGUUUUGGGUUCUCUAUAUCAUCUCCAACCAUUAACUGCAUGUAAGCUAGUAAGCACUACCAAAUUUGCGUUACAAUCAUAACAAGUGUGUGCUUUCUUUAGACUCAUGUGCUCAUAUCUUUAGUCACACAAUCAGUAACACUUAAUAGAAUUGGCAGAGUUAGAAAUGUGCAUUAAGAUGAAAAGAGGCUUCUUAGAGCAGCAUUAGCUUCCCAUAGAUACUAUAUGUAACACAUGUACAUGAAGAUCACAGAUUUUUUUAAAUAAGACAGACACGCUCACUUUAUAAAAGAGUCACGCGGAAAACAUUGGAUUAUUAUUUUCGAAACCGAUGUAAAUCUUAUGAGGUAGCACUGCAUGAAGCCUUGCAACUGUCUGGACUGUCUUGUCACUUGUCAGGUCUUUAUUAUAAUCACGUUCACAUGAAUGUAAAAUCCAGGGGUUAAAUUGGGAAUCACCACCAUAUUGAGAAGGAGGCGGGCUUGCUUAGCUCACCGUGGAAUAUAAAAAAAAAUAAAAAAAAAACCUUUUUGUCUCCUUAUGAACCAAAUAAAAUCUAAUGAUACUGCAAUUUCACUGUGUGUUGUCCUGUCCUCGCUCCCAGUUUAACCCCUGACUCUUUGUCUGUAGACCUGGGCCCAAUAGUACUUGAAUAGUAAUGGAAGAACAUUAGGGUAGUUAAAAGGGAUAUUUCAGUAUCUUUGAAGUUGGGUCAUAUGAGGUACCGAGCAGUAGAAGUGGCAUUAGCCUACAGUGAUUUCAGUGAGCAUUGCUCCUUUAGGAAGGUCUUGCUGGUUGUACCGGCCAGAAAGCACAGUUUCUCUGUAGAAUUACGCACGUUUUUGGUAAAAAAAAUUGGGCAACGAAACAAUGUUGGCUUAAAUGUCCGCACCAUCAAAAAUUUUAGAAGCAUUUAAUUUUUUACGUUGAAAGCCUCCUUCGAGAAGGGCUUGCUGGCUGUAAUGCCAGAAAGCUCGGCUAUACGACGUAAAAGAUGGGUACAGGUUCUCUGUGGCAUUAAGCACGUUUUUGGCAAAAAACGGGGGGCCGAGAAACAAUGUUGGCUCAGGUGUACACACUAUCAAACUUUAUUGAAGCAUUUAAUUUUACCUAUAAAUCCGCCUACAAGAAGGGCUUGCUGGUUGUAAUGGCCAGGAAGCUAAGCUAUACGGUGUAACAGAUGGGUACAGGUUCUCUGUGGAAUUUCACAAUUUUUUGUUUAAAAUUGGACAAUGAAACAAUGUUGGCUCAAAUGUACGCACUAUCAAAACUUUUUGAAGCAUUUAAUUUUUUACCUUGAAAGCCUCCUUAAAGAAGGGCCCGCCGGUUGUACUGGCCAGGAAGCUUGGCUAUACAGUGUAUCAGAUGAGUACAGUUUUUUUUUUUUUUUGGAAUUUAAUCUCCGUGGUAAAAAACAAAAAAAGGGCCAUAAAACAAUGUUGGCUCAAAUGUACACAUUAUCAAAAAUUUUUGAAGCAUUUUAUAUUUUACCCUGAAAGCCUCUGUGUUUUUGUCACUAUUUUGAAAUGCAAGGGCACAUAAUCAGUAGCCGAAGUUCACGUUGCUAAAUAAUGACAAAAGCACAGGCUUCAUUAGUAUUAAAUAAAAUGCUUCCAAAAUUUUCAAUACUGCAUAUGUUCCAACCAACAUUGUUCUGGUGUCCAUUUUCACCAAUAACUUGCUAAAUUCCUCAGAGAAACUGUGCCCAUCUGUUACACUGUAUGGCCUAGCUCCUGGCCAGUACAACCAGUAAGUCCGUCUUAAAGGGACAAUGCUCACUGAAAUCACUGGAGUCAAAUGCCACUUCUAGUACGACGUACCUCAUAUGGCCCAACUUCAGAAAUACUGAUCUCACAGAAAUGAUGCUCUCUAAAGCUGAGGACACACUACAAGAUUUUUUUGCCAGAUUUUACCCUCGAUUCUCGAUUGGGCAAAGUCUGCAGCAGUCUGCACCAGGUGGGCUACAGUCAGUAUGGGUAGUUGGCACAAAAGUCUGCAAGUGUCUAAGUGAACAGACCCGACCGAACCUCAGUCGCAGUCAAUCAAACAAGUUGGAAUUUUCUGAGCCGAAUCUGGACGCAAUCAGGUAGUGUGAACUGGUAACUGGCCCAACUGCAAAAGCCUGUUGCCAACAGCCAAUGAAAAAGGAGAGAGUGGGACGCACUUCCCGUCAUCAAAAGACGACGGGAAGUGGGAGCGUGGCAACAAAGCGAACCUGGACCAUAGAAAUGGAGGCAAGAUUGAUCGAGUUGUGGCAGGAGCACGUGUGCCUAUAUAAUGUUGGUUGCAAUGCAUACCACAACUGGAAAAACUGCACACUCACAAGAGUUUGCGCGAGAGUUUGAUGCAUUCAGUUGGCCUUAGUUGGUUUGACAAAUUGUGUAGGCUGUGAUCCCUUUUCAGGCACAGUUGUUAAGUGUGCGAUCCCAUAGUGUUGUAGUCCUCAAGAACUGUCUUGGUCUCGUCCUGGUCUUGUCUCGGUAUCAAGAGCAUUUUUACUCGGACUGGCCGCACUCGAGAUUUUCUAUCAAGACCAGUCAAGACCGCUGAUUUGCUAUUCUCUCUAAAUUCAGAUCUUAACAAACCAGUCCAUCUUAUUUCUAGUCAGAAAUACCUCUUAACAAUUAUUUAAAGCCUCAUUUAUCUAAAAACAAAUCCAAAUAAACAUGUAGUUUUCAGAUGUUUAAAACAAAUCCAGACUUGUCAGAGGAUUUUUAAUACAUACAAUAAUUUAUUUUAGGAGUUUAAGAAGUUAGUUGAUGUGAGAUUUUUUGUCAAAUUUAUUUGAAAGCAAACUAAAAUUAAAGAGAGAGCUUUUUUACUGUUAAACCUUGAUUUUUAUGGUCUUGGUCUUGUCUCGAUCUUGACCUCCAAAAGUCUUGGUCUCGUCUUGGCGCACUCUGGUCUCUGGGAUGUUUUGGUCUCGGAUAGUGUGGUCUUGACUACAACACCAGAUCCCUAGUCAUUCAGUCGUCAUACAAAGAUCUGCUGAAGCCAGUCUGUUGCGUACUCCUAGUCUUUUUUAAAACCUGCAAAGACUGUGAAAGUGGAGUAGUGUGUCCCCAAUUUAAGAAUCUUAAAUAAAGAGAAAGAACUUAGAUAUGCCCAGUGAAGCAAGCUACAUAGUAAAAUUAGAAAUAGGCCUUAAUCUGUAGAAAAAGCCAGUCAAAUGCUUUAAAAAGUUGCUAUUCUUGCAUGUUUCUAGUCCCAGAAAGCCUAUUGAGAUACGUUUUGGCCCUCGUCUCAUCACUUGUUUGGCAGACAGAUCUGUUUUCGUUAUAAUCAACGCCUGUGACAGUAAUGCUAAGCUAUCAACGCUUCAGCUCCACCCAGGCUUGUCCAUGUCUCUGAUUCACCCUUCACUAUCACCUCUAUCUCAUAUUUUUUUUAUUCUCAUCAUCAAACACAGCGCACAGCUCUAUGCUUGGAGACACACGCAGUUCAAAAACCUCUAAAGUUGGUGCUAAUCCUCUCGUCUGACUUUUCCAUCCACCAACUCUUUUUCUUUUCAGCCCAUUCCCUCUUGUCUUACUCGCAGGAGGGAUUGUGGGAAUAUACUGCCUCCUGCAUACACUCGUUGAUAAGAGAAUCUUUUGCAACCCUCAGUGCCAGAUGCAUUCUCUCAAAUCCUGCCUGCGUUUACCACCAGAGAAAUGAUCCCUUCUUACAUUCCACAGGGAGGUCAGCAGGCGUGGACCGAUGAAAUAUAGUCUAUGCUUUCCAUAUGUGCAGUUCCACUGUAAUUGUACAACUUUGUUUCUUAUAUUGACUCUCAUGUUUUUGUUUCUUUCCUAUGGCCUCUUUGCAAGGCAGUAUAUUGUAUUUGAUGUGUGUAUUUUUAAAAAAAGAUGACUACAUCUGUGUAUUGUUGGUGCCUUUGUCAGGUUCAGUUGGUUGGACUUGUCUGUCUGCCGCCAUUUUUUAGGCCAGGGUUUUUCUUGCUCUGCUCCUGGUCACGAUGACCCACUGCCUUCAAAUCUCGAGGGGAUUCUACACAAAAAUGGUAGAAAAAUCAUUUUUUUAUGAGAACAAACAAAUGCAGCUCAGACUACGGAGGAUAUGCAGCGUCAUCGGAAAACUCUACAUACACAGAAAACUGCCCGAAGACUAACUUUUUUUGCCAAGAUACAAACUUUAUGCAGGAGACGGACUGGCAGUCUAUGUACUGAUGUAUAAAUAGAGGUAUGCAUACAUUUGUACACAUAGAAAAACGUGCAUUUGUGGAGCUAAAGCUAUGCUUAAUUGUGGGUCUCUGAGGCAGCAGCAGAAAAGGCAACCUUGUGUUAGACCAAUGCCUGUUCAUCUAUUCUGUGGUCGUCUAAAUGUUUAAUCUUGAAUAAAACUACUGUUUGUUUACA